ACUCGUUUUUUUUUUUUUUUUUUUUAACCCCCCACAAAAGAGAGAGCUACUUUUCCUGGAGAGCAAACUUGGAACUACGAAAAAGGUGUUUUGAUCCUACGCAAACAAUCGUCUACUCAAGUUUUUCCUUGGUCUCCUCAGAAUCUUAUUCCCUUCUUUUCUGGGUUUGAGAGACAGAAGAAAUGGACAAAUUUAAGAGCAUGUUGAAGCCCAGACAGAACCCACAAGAGCAAUUGAGAGAUUGGCAGAGACGGCUCCGCCAAGAAUGCCGCAAUAUCGAGCGCCAAAUCAGGGAUGUACAGAGGGAGGAAAAGAGCGUGCACAAAGCAAUUAGAGAGGCUGCCAAGAGAAAUGAUAUGGGAUCAGCAAAGGCACUUGCGAAGGAAAUUGUUUUGUCAAGAAAGACUGUGAAUCGUCUUCACGAGAAUAAAGCCCAACUGAACUCAAUAUCAAUGCACCUUGGAGAAAGUGUCGCAAUUGCCCGUACUGUGGGUCAUUUGUCCAAGAGUGCUGAGGUCAUGAAGCUUGUCAAUAACCUCAUGAAAGCACCAGAAAUGGCAACCACAAUGCAAGAAUUCAGCAAAGAAAUGACCAAGGCAGGGGUUAUUGAAGAAUUCGUUACGGAUGCCGUUGACACGGCAUUGGAUUCGGAAGAUAUAGAGGAAGAAACUGAAGAAGAAGUUGAUAAAGUUCUGACUGAAAUAGCUGGUGAGACAGCUGCACAGCUUCCCGAAGCUGUAAGGAAGGAAAGGGUAAAGUUACCGGCCGAGAGAGCUAGCACUUCUCAAGAAGAAGAAGCUAUAGCAGAAGGUGCAGACGAUGAGGAAGAGCUGGAAGAGUUAAGGGCUCGACUUGCGAAAGUGAGAUCAUAGUUUUUCACUAUGUUAACAUUCCUUAUUGCCUCAGAGUCAGUGAUAUUAAAAAAGAAGAAGAGUUAUGUGUAAGUAAAUGAGUGUUGGAGCCAAUUGUCCUAUUUGAGAUUGUAGGGCUUAAAACCCAGCUUACCUAAUUAUGACUCAAACGAUAGCUUCUUAGCAAACAUCAUUAUGUAUGAUCUCUCGUGUAAUUUGUCGCAUCCUUAAAUAAAUAUUAUUAACUUUCAUUUUUUUUCUAA